UGACAAUCAUAUAGCCACAAAUAAAACACUACAUGAGUAAUUGAAACACCUACAAAUUCUGGGGUUCUCUUUCUGAAUUAAUCAUUACCAUUCGUUGCCAAUUCUCGACUUAACAAUGAGCUGGUGGUGGAACGGUGCUCGCGGAACAACCCUUAAACAUGGUGAUGAGAGCGCGGCCCCACAGAAAGUGGCCCUGAUCGUGGGCGUGACUGGUAUCGUGGGUGACAGCCUGGCGAGGAUCCUCCCUAUUGCGGAUACCCCAGGAGGGCCCUGGAAGGUGUACGGCGUGGCCCGCCGCCCUAGGCCCUCGUGGAACACUGACCACCCAGUCCACUACAUACAGUGCGACGUGGCCGACUCGACCGACACCAUGGCCAAGCUCUCCCCCUUAGCCGACGUAACCCACAUCUUCUGGGUCACGUGGGCCAAUCGGCCCACCGAGACCGAGUGCUGCCAACUCAACGGCGCCAUGCUCCGCAACGUCCUCGACGCCGUCGUCCCCAACGCCUCCGGCCUUGCCCACAUCUGCAUCCAGACGGGCCACAAGCACUACAUCGGCCCGUUCGAGGCGUUCGGGAAGAUCAAGCCCCACGAGACCCCCUUCGUGGAGGACGUCCCGCGGCUCGACGCACCCAACUUCUACUACACGCUCGAGGACGUGGCGCUCGAGACGUGCGAGCGGCACCACGGCGGCCUGACGUGGUCCGUCCACAGGCCGGCUGUCAUAUUCGGGUUCUCGCCCUACAGCAUGAUGAACUUGGUGGGGGCUCUGUGCGUUUAUGCUGCCGUCUGCAAGCACGAGAAGGCGCCGCUGAAGUUUCCGGGCACGAAGGCCGCCUGGAACUGCUAUUUUGUGGCAUCUGACGCGGACUUGAUUGCGGAGCAGCAGAUAUGGUGUUGUGUGGAGCCCAACGGGAAGAACCAGGCGUUUAAUUGCAGUAAUGGGGAUGUUUUCAAGUGGAAGCGUUUGUGGAAGGUGUUGGCAGAUGGGUUUGAUGUGGAGUACGUGGAGUUUGACGAGAGCGAGGGUUAUGUCAGCCUGGCGGAGAGGAUGAAGGAUAAGGGAGCGGUUUGGGAUGAGAUUGUGGAGGAGAAUAAUCUCACGGGGACCAAGUUGGAGGACUUUAGUUUCUGGUUUGCGGAUUUGAUGCUUUUUGGAGAGUGUAUGCUGGACAGCAUGAACAAGAGUAAGGAACGCGGGUUUUUUGGGUUUAGGAACUCUGAGACUUCGCUGCUUUCUGUUAUUCACAAAAUGAAAGCCCACAAGAUUGUUCCUUGAUUAAUAAGGAUAUGUACGUGUGCUAUGAUUCUGCUUUUAGAGAUCCCAAUCUCCGAAUAAGAUUUUCCUCUCUUUUCAUUAUUAAAAACAGGGGACGUUUCUCCUUAUUUUGAUUGUUUUUUUUUUCUCCCAAUAAUAGAAGAAAUCUCAAUAGACGGAAAAACAACAUCCAAAGUACUGGUACUAACCGAAACACAAGCCCCCAAAGGCUAAAAUACACUGAAAAAACCACUAAAAAGUGGCCUACAAACACACUCAAACUACACGCCUAAGGGCAGGAACAGGAACAGACUGCCUGGAACCCCCUCAGAUGCUAACUACCACAAACAACCAGCAACACAACACCACCAAAUUAGCAAACAAAGCAAACAAAAACCAGAAGAAAGGGAAAAGCCAGAAAUGAAACCACAGAGCAAUAGAAGAAAACACUUGCCACUCCAAUAAGGAUCUCUUCACUGUGAUUUCUUUAGGUUGCAUCACUGUCGCCUGCCGGUUGUUAAUUUCUAGAACUUGUAUAGCUUUUGGUCUUUCCUUUGUUGCUGCUUUUUCUUUUAGUAGUGUUUUGAUAACUAACUAGGUCCCCUUUGGUGCAGUGGUUAGUUAUUUUUGUUGUGGUGCUGGUGUUUAUCUUCAGAUAUCAGUGCUGGUUAGAGUCGCGUUUGAACCUCAGGUACUAUGCUAAGUCUAGCUGGGGUUUAAACUCAGUUCUAAGUGGUUUGUAUUUUUAAGGAGUGGUGGUCUCCUCAUUCAUGCUCUGUUGCAUUAGGGCAUUGUGCCCCAAACUCUGUAAUAAUUUUCUUGAGUUAUAAUAUAUAUCGUUUCGGAAAAAUA